AUGGCAGCUAAUCCUCCGCCGCCGCCGCCGCCUCCCCAUGGAGGGCUCUCACUCUACGAAAACCUCCUCGAUCCCAACGAUAAAUCUUCAAAUUCGGCCACAAUAUCUUCUGCGCCUGUUCUUUAUAACCAGACGGACAAUACUCUAGCAGUAACCACUGUCAAGAAGGCCAUUGAUCCCGCCCUUCGCUUUCAACCUAUACGUCGUCCACAAGUGAAACAGACAAAACCAAAGCCAACGUUUCCCAAAGCCGCUGCCCCCAAGCAGACCCCUACUGUUGCGCCUCCAGCUCCUGCACAAGCAAAGACCACGCUUGCCGACUGGGCUGCUGCUGAGGAAGAUGAGUGGAUGUACAGUAUGGGCGAGAAACGCCAAAGAGGCGGCCGUAAGAAGAAGAAAAAGAGGCAGAACGAAGAUAUGGAAACCAACUGGGACGACAUAUAUGACCCUGCAAGGCCGACCAACGUGGAGGAGUAUCUACACAGCGAUGAGAAGGUUCAAGAGGUCAGAGAUUGGAAAGCCUUGCUCUACGGGCAUCGACGAAAACGCGUUGAAAGCGACCUUUCGGAUGAGGAUGAGGAAGAGAACGCUCGACCUGUACCUUCGAAUCAAUUCGCUCCACCCCCCUCUUACUCCUUUGUGCCCCCACCGCCUCAAUCACCUCCAGCAACAGUCCCAGCACCUCCGCCAGACGAUGCGACUGGCGAUGAUGCCUUUGCUCGCCGCCAAGCUCUUUCCCAUAACCAACCAGCUCCACCACCGUCACCCCCUCAAACCUCUAACUCAGCUAUGAUAUCACGCGCUCCUGUGAGAUAUAUCCAAACUCAAGAUGAAAAUGAUGCAACAGGGGGUGUAGAAGAUGACGGGUAUUCUCCACCUCCGGCCCUCGGUGCUGGUUCCCCUUCACAACGUGGUAACGAUGAUUCCCAAACUCGGUCUAGCCGCCCAGGACAGUCCGGUUUCGCUCAACGACUGAUGAGCAAGUACGGAUGGACCAAAGGUAGCGGCUUAGGCGCUGAUGAAUCGGGAAUUGUCAAUCCUCUGCAUGUACAAGUUGAGAAAAGACGGAAGAAGGCCGAUGCCGAUGGCGGAGGUUGGGCUGAGCCAGGCAGCAAGGGUAAAAUUAUGGGAGGAAAGCGCAAGAAUGAGAGCACGGGCAAGUUUGGUACUAUGAGUGAUGUAAUAGUACUCAAGAACAUGCUGGAGAACAUGCCCAAUCUACAGGAAGAGAUUGCAGGAGGUCUGGGACAAGAAAUAGGAGAAGAGUGUGGAGAGAAGUACGGACGCGUAGAGAGAUUGUACAUCGACCAAGAGAGCCGCAAGGUCUUUAUCAAGUUCACAAACCAGGUUUCGGCACUCAGGGCUGUGAAUGAAUUAGACGGUCGUGUUUUUAAUGGCAAUACGAUCUUGCCAGAAUUUUAUGAUACGGAGAAAUUUGAACAAGGGGUAUACAACUAG